AUAAUAUGUUUCUUAAUCUCUGUUAGGCUUUAAAGUAUACCUAAGGUGUACGGUUAUAAUAACAACAAAAUGUUAUGCCCCUGAACUUGAAAUAACGCUAUUACUUGUUCUUUCAUUUUUGUUCUUGUUAUUAUAAGCGUACCUUUUAUUAUUACCGUAAUCUUAUUGUUGUUUUCAAUUUGCUAAUUUCAAUGCAUAUUGCAUAUCACAUGAUAGCAUUCAAUCGCGAGGGAGAAGUUGUGAGGAGCACUGCUUAUUUAUAAAACUGAAAAAGUAAAUUUGAUAUAAGUUCAUAAUGGGAAGAAAACGAAAUGUAUUCAUACGUGAUUUUUAUAUUAUUGAAGGCUCCAAUGGAGAAUGUAAACUUUGUAAAAAAAAAAUUAGUGCACUCUGUUUAACUAAUAUGGAAAGACAUUUACAAAAGGACCAUAGUGAUAUAUAUGAUGACAAAAGGGCUAAAAUAGAAAGCAGUGAAGCAUGCAAAAACGAUAAAAAAAUUAAAUUUACCGUUGAAAUGUCCGUGAAUGAAGUUGUUAAUUCUUGCAUCACUUUGUUAACUAAACAAUCAGUGCCCUUGUCACAUUUUGAUAGUGAGCCAUUUAAUACAUUAACAAACCCAAUAUUUGAUGGUCUACAUAUUCCAAAAAUAAACUCAAGAAAUAUUUUACACCAUUUGAAAGAUCAGUGUGAUAACUUAAAAAAUAAUAUAAGAAAUUUAACAAAAAAUAAAAUACUUUGCUCAAAAAUGGAUACAGCUACUCGCCACGAUCGGGCUAUUUUGGGUGUAAAUGUGCAAAUAAUCACAUCCAAUAAACUUGAAAUAUUCACACUUGCCAUGCUUGAAUUGAAGCAGAAACAUACUGCGCAAUAUUUAACCACUAAAAUUGAAAAUGUUUUGAAAAGUUUCAAUAUAGAUAAGGCGCAAGUUUAUGCAGUAACCACUGAUAACGGUAGGAAUAUGGUGAAAGCGGUGGAGCUGUUAUCAUUUCAUAGUGAUGACGAAGAAAGUGACAGUGAAAUAGAAGACAAUUACGAAAGUAUUGUGUGCAAUGUAAGAUUCGAAAAUAUUAUUUCUAUUAAAUGUGCUGCCCACACAUUGCAGUUAGCUGUUAAAGACUUUUUAGAUAACUUAAAUACCAAUGUAGUAAAUAAGUCACGGAAUUGUGUAAAAUAUUUGAGAACACCUGCAUAAAAAUUUUGCUGUGAAAAUUUGCCAUUAUCCGAGCAAAUCCAAAGACAUGAGUGGGCGGAAAUAGAAAAAAUUAUGCAGGCUCUACACCCAGUAAAUACUCUGACGCUGAAACUACAAAAAUCUAAUUUAUUGUUCGGAGAUUUUUAUAAAAAUUGGCUAGAGCUUAUUUUUACUCUAAAAGACUUCAAUACUGAGAUGACCAGACAACUUCUAGAUCACAUCGAAAAAAGGCAAACAAAGUUGCUUGAAUGUGACACUAUGUAUGCAGCCCUAUUUUUAGACCCCAGGUUUAAGCGUGUGUUGUCAAAUGAGAAAAUAAAUUCCAAAAAUCAAUUAAAAAAAAAGGUGCUCCAGCUAGUAAACGUGCGAUUUUCCUGCUGGACACCACCUGUUGCAGAAGACUUAUUUCUAAUAGAUGAAAACUCCGUUGCAAGCUCUCGAUCUUUAUUAGCUGACGGUUUAAAGUCAAUGGAGAUGAAUUAUUCGUCUUCGGAUGAAGAUGACAAUCCUACGCCAAUAAAUGACAGCCUCCGAAAAGCGUAUUUUGAAAUAGAUAAUUAUAAAGAAAAACGUUUGGAUACUUCUACUAAUUUAUUGGAAUAUUGGGAGAGCAAAAAAUUUGCGUAUUCAUGGCUUCGAAAAUUAGCUUUAAUUGUUCAUUCUGUACCUGCCACUCAAGUCAGUGUAGAAAGGUCAUUUUCGGCACUCAGAUCGAUAUUGGGAGAUUUGAGAUAUAAUUUAUCUGAGGAACAUUUAGAAUCGAUUAUGAUGGUAAAAUUGAACACCUGAAAAAACCUCUUAACACUGACUUGAAUGGCAGCCAAAACUUAUAAGCCUCUCGCAGUAGUAACCAUUACUUUUUAAGUUUUACGUAAACUAAGAAUUUUAGAAUUUUUUUUAUUUCGCUCUAUUCACGUUUUAUUGUAAUACAUACGGUAUAAAUAAAUAAAUAAAAAUUUUGAAUGGAUUUUUAUUAUUG